AUGGACCAGUCCCCAUUGGGAAACGUACUCGGGCACCUGGCCCAGAUGGCGGAGAGACAAGGCCAGUUCCACCAGGCGCAGAACGAGGUGCUCUCGGACCUGGCCCAGUCCUUGGCCGCCGAUCGGGCCAUGCUCCGGGAGCUCCUCGCCUCCGGCGGACGAGGCGAAGGACCCCGAGGGGCGGGAACUGCAGCGCACAUACACGUCCCGAAGAUGGGCGAGGCAGACGACGCGGAAGCCUUUAUCGAGACUUUCCAGGGGGUGGCCGAGGUCUCAGGGAGAGGCGCAGCUCGCGGCCCACAGUCUGCCGGCCAGGCCCAGCGAGACUACGACUCCAUCACCAGGGCCAUCCGAGACCGGCUGGGCCUCUACCCGGAGGAACAUCGACGGCGGUUCCGGGCGCUGGCCUUCAGUGAGGGGGACCGACCCUUCGCCUUCGCCCAGCAGCUGAGGGACCAGGCAAGGAGGUGGCUGGUCCCAGACCGGAACACGGCGGAGGACGUGGUGGAGCAGGUGGCCCUGGAGAGGUUCGUGGAGGGGCUGCCGGCUAGGACCUCCGCCUGGGUCCGAUACCACCGUCCCGAGAGUCUCUCCGCCGCGGUCGUCCUGGCGGAGAGCCACCUGCAGCCACCACCAGCCAAUCCCGGUGCCGAGGGCGAGAGGGAGAUUCAGUAUCUGGGGUUCCACCUGGGGCGGGGGAAGGUCCGGCCGCAGGUCGGAAAGACCACGGCGGUCGCCGCCUCCCCUCGGCCCAGGACCAAAAAGGAGGUGAGGCGGUUCCUGGGGCUGGUGGGCUACUAUCGGCAGUUCGAGCCGAACUUCUCCGACCUGGCCAGCCCCUUGACCGACCUCACACGUAAGAGGGCCCCAGAUACAGUCCAGUGGUCGGAGCCAUGUCAGACGGACGCGUCGGAUAGGGGGUUGGGCGCGGUCCUGACCCAGCAGUUGGAGGGGGUCGACCGCCCGGUGCUGUACCUGAGCCGGAAAUUAUCAGACCGGGAGGGUCAGAUGGUCCGUGGACCCUUCAAUUGUACAUCCCAGAGAAAAUUGAAUCUGGAAGGAAUGCAUAAGUUUGGUGAUGUUAUUCUAGGAGGGAUCUUUGCUAUAAACUAUUACACUGCAUCUUCUGAACUGUAUUUCACGUCUGAGCCGAAUGAUCCCAUAUGCCAUGGCUUUGAUAUUCGAGGUUUCAGACAGGCCCAGACCAUGGCCUUUGCCGUUGAUGAAAUUAACAGAAACUCCAAACUGCUUCCUAAUAUAUCGUUGGGGUACAGUAUAUAUGAUAGCUGUGUCAAACUAGGGAUCUCAUUCCGUGCAGCUCUGUCUAUGACCAGUGGCAGAGGAGAACCGUUUCAAUUAAAUGAGAGCUGUUACGGGUAUCCUCCUGUUUUGGGUAUUGUGGGAGAUUCUUCCUCAACGCGUACUAUUGCCAUUUCUAGCAUCCUGAGCUUGUACAGUCUACCAAUGGUCAGUUAUUUUGCCACAUGUUCCUGUCUUAGUGACAGAAGGCAGUUCCCUUCAUUCUUUAGAACGAUUCCAAGUGACGCAUUUCAGGUGCGAGCUAUGCUACAGAUUCUGAGGAGGUUUGGCUGGACCUGGGUUGGUCUUGUGAUCAGUGAUGACGACUACGGUCGCCACACGGCCCAUUCAUUCAAGUCAGGCCUGGCCAAGUCUGGUGGAGGCUGUCUGGCUUAUCUAGAGGUUCUGCCCUGGGGACACGAUGUUAAUGAAAUACAGAGGAUUGUCGGCAGAAUGAAGAAAUCCACAUCCAGUGUGGUUACUGUUUUUGCACAUCCAAGCAACAUGCUUGAUCUCAUGGAAGAGGUAGUAAAACAAAAUGUGACAGGCCUACAAUGGAUUGCCAGUGAAGCCUGGAGUACAGCCAAAGUGCUCCAUAUUCCAGGCUACAUGCAUUUUCUUGCAGGCACUCUGGGCAUUGCCAUCCGCCGAGGGGAAAUACCAGGACUCAGGGACUUCCUAUUGACCAUACGCCCUGACAAUGACACCCUCAGCACCCAGGACAACACCUUAGUGAAGCAGUUUUGGGAGCACAUAUUUCGGUGUAAAUUUGUAUCUGCUGGAAUGGAGGUGGAAGGUCAGACUCAAGAACGACUAUGUACAGGGAAUGAGGUUCUAAGGAAUAUAGAGACUGAAUUCUUGGAUCUGUCUAACCUCAGGCCAGAGUAUAAUGUGUACAAAGCUGUAUAUGCGCUAGCACAUGCUCUGCAUGAAAAUCUGCAGUGUGUUCCAGGGAGUGGGCCUUUCCGAGGGCAAAGCUGUGCCCGUUUGCAGGGACUGGAGCCAUGGCAGCUUGUAUAUUAUUUGCAAAGAGUCAAUUUCACUACAGAUUUUGGGGAUCAAGUAUCAUUUGAUGAGAAUGGGGAUGUUUUACCAAUCUAUGAUGUGAUGAACUGGAGGUGGCUCCCAGACAGAAGCACAGAGGUUACAAAUGUGGGAGACGUCAAAGAAAUGGCUUCAAAACUCAUUGAUCUUAACCUUGAUGAAGACAAAAUCUUUUGGAAUUUUGAAUCAAAAAAGCCUCCCAGGUCAGUGUGUAGCGAGAGCUGUCCCCCAGGCACUCGCAUGGCCAUAAGGAAAGGUGAACCUGUCUGCUGCUUCGACUGCAUCCCUUGUUCAGAUGGAAAAAUAAGCAAUGAGACAGAUUCAACCGAAUGUACAAGCUGUCCAGAGGAUUUUUGGUCCAACAUCCAUCGGAUUCAAUGUGUCCCCAAAAGCAAGGAAUUUCUUUCCUAUGUUGAACCCCUGGGAAUCUCCUUCACAACGGCAUCAUUAUUUGGAGCUCUCUUAUGCACCAUUGUUUUGGGAAUCUUCACCCGUCAUCGGUCCACACCAGUGGUUAGGGCCAACAACUCAGAGCUUAGCUUCCUCAUUCUGCUGUCACUCAAAUUAUGCUUUUUGUGCUCCUUGUUUUUCAUUGGUAAACCAAGGCUGUGGACUUGCCAGUUGAGGCAUGCAGCAUUUGGGAUCAGCUUUGUUCUAUGUGUUUCGUGUAUCUUGGUGAAGACCAUGGUAGUUCUGGCAGUAUUCAAGGCCUCCAAACCAGGUGGUGACCGUGGUCUGAAGUGGUUUGGGGUAAUGCAACAGAGAGGGACUGUUGUAUUUCUGACUUUAAUACAAGCAGCAGUUUGUAUAACAUGGCUUGUGUCUUCCUCACCUGCUCCUCAUGAAAACACAGAGUACUACAGCGACAGGAUAGUAGUUGAGUGUGUAGUGGGGUCCACAGUAGGAUUUGGAGUAUUACUGGGCUAUAUUGGCUUACUGGCUAUUCUCAGUUUCCUGCUUGCAUUCUUGGCACGAAAUCUACCAGAUAACUUCAAUGAGGCCAAGUUUAUCACCUUCAGCACGCUGGUCUUCUGUGCUGUUUGGAUAGCCUUUAUCCCAGCUUAUAUUAACUCCCCUGGUAAAUAUGCCGAUGCUGUAGAAGUAUUUGCCAUUCUAGCUUCUAGUUUUGGGCUGUUACUGGCCUUAUUUGGACCAAAGUGUUACAUAAUUCUCCUUAAGCCUGAGAAAAACACAAAAAAAGCUUUAAUGGGACGAGGCACACCAAGAUCAUAGAAACAGUGCAUUGAUUUGUUAUGGUUCUUUUUAA